UUUCAACUUCGUUCUUAAAUUUCAUUUGAAUUACAGUCACAAGAUGAAUCAAGAAGAAGAACAACAACAGCAGCAGCAGCAGCAGCAAACCAAUUCAAAUGUUAUUAUGGACAAUAAAAAAAUGAAGGUAGCCAACUCAACAGAGGUUGAUACAAGUCAUAGUCCUGAGGCAACUGUAAAUGCUAAGAAUAUACUUGAAACUACAACAUCUCCUUCUUCUUCCAUUGGAACACCUGAUGUAGCUAAAACCUUUAGUGUAGAACACAUUUCUUCCCCUAUUAUUCAAGAGGCAAUUACCAUCAACUCUGAGGCAACUAACUCCAAUGCUACUACUGUUACCAGAACUUCUAUAGCAACCCCAACUGCUAUUGACGCUAACUCCAUUUCGUCUACGAUUGCGUCUCUUUCUCCCACUCCUCCAACAUCUAACACUGGUACUGAACAAAAGGAAACUUCAAAGAAAGAUGAACAAACUGAGCAACAUAAUUUAGAUGCCAUCCAUCAAUUACAACAAUUAAGUGCUGCACAUACACAAUUAGCUCAGGCUACUGUUGCUGCCUUGACAAGUGGUGGCAAUUUUCCAUUUUUAGCCAACUUUGAAAAUUCAAUCGCUGCUAUGGCUGCUGCCGCCUCAUCUUCAAAUGAUACUAGCAAGAACAAUGCACUUCAUCAACUUAAUUCAACCCCUAAUAGUCAGUCACCUCAACUUACACAGCAUUCUCAAGCUGUACCACCUCCACCUCUUCAACCUCAAAUUCAACAAGCUCCAUCACAGCAACCUCAACAAGUGACUGAUUUAAACCAGUUACAACAGUCAGAGCUUCUAAAACGUGAAUUAAUGAAUCAAAAGGUUAGAGCUGAUAACAGAGAACGUAAAAAGCGUUGGAGGCAACAAAAUGAGGAAAGAAACAAAGAUAAUGACCUUCGUUGUCGUGUAAACAAAAGAGCACAUAAAUUAUUUGGGAAAGAGGAUAGUGAACAUAAACAAAAAUGGAUUAAAGAAGAAUUUUUGAAGCGUCAGCAAAAACGAAAAGAUAAGGAGCGUAGAAAGGGUUUAGUAGAUGAUUCUUUAGGUGGUGGACAUAACAAUGGAAACCAGAGUAAUAAUAAUCAACAGGCACAGGCGGCAGCAGCAGCAGCAGCAGCAGCAGCGGCUGCUGCAGUAGCAGCAUUAAAUAGUUCAAAUCAAGGAUUAUUAGAUCUUGCAGCAUUAAUGCAACAUUUACAACCCCAUAUUCCAAUUCCAAAUUUAGCAGAUGCUAAUUAUUUAACAUUAUUAUGUAAUAAUCUUGGUAUUCCUGCUGCUGCUCGUUCUUUAGUAAGCAAUGUUGCCGCGGCAGCUACCCAUAGUACAACCCCGGUAGAAUCAACACCCAAUACACCUUCAAAUACAAUGAAUACUUCAACCUCACAACCAGAACAAAAAACAGUAGAGAAUACUGAGCAACAACAGCAACAACAAACAUUCCAAAAUAAUUUAGUUUUAGGAGAUAGACCUGAAGAAAAAUUAGCUGCUUUGUUAGCUACGACAUUACAAGCAGCUACUGCAGCUGCAGCUGCAGCUGCUAAUAACACAGUAAAAGAAGAUCAUGUUGUUUUACCCGAGAUUAAACAUGAAACUACUACAGAGAAUAAUACCACCGUAACAGAACACGAUAUUCAGCAACAGACACAUGAAUUUCUGCAAGCCAAUAACAAUAAUACUGAAUUUCCUAUGGAUGCUGUAUUAACAUUAAUGCAAUUGAAUGCUGGUUGGAGACAGUGAUAUAUAUAUAUAUCUUUAUGUAAUACUCACGCAUGUUUUUUCCUGACACCAAAAUAGAAACAGGGUUUUUUAUUAUUAUUAUUAUUAAAUAAAUAAAUGCAUGU